UGCACGCGAAUUUAUCGUCGGUUCUCUCUUCCCGACGAUCGCGCGAACGCGAUAAAUUGGCAGACGGAGGAUCGUCCGAUGCCGCGUUUUCCUCGCGCUCUCCCGCGGCCGUUGAGACAUAUGUUGCAAUUGUGCAAACAUGAUCCAUUUUGUGUGCACACAGGACUAGCUUUUCCUGCGCCGCUCAGCGCGGCGAACUUUCUCGUUUAUUUUCAAUCGCGAUCGGAGGAUUGGGUUCUGGUUCUCCGGAUCCACAAUGUUUCCUUUCUUUUUUUCCCCCCUUCGUCGCCGAGUCGGUUAAGCUGAAUCGGUUAGAUGUGGAUCAAUGUCGUGCGUAAAAGUUUAAGCAAGAUACUGGGAGCAGGCUGUGUGUCACUUUAAGGCCGUGUCACUUUAAGGCUUCACCAACACAGCAACAUGGCUACUUAUGGCUGUGAUGCAAAACUUGAUGAUACACAUCAUAGAUAUUUCCUAAUACAGGGGAGUGGAAAUGGCGCAUUUUUGUUGUUUAUCCAGACUUGUCAAACGUGUUGCCUCGAGUGUAUUCUCGUUUGAUCGUUUGAUCGCAAAUGAUGGAUUAGAGUUAUUAAAGGAAUCACGUGAAACUCGUGAACCAGCCCAUCAUGCAAGACGUCCCAUGAACGCAUUUCUGAUUUUUUGUAAGAGGCAUCGUGGCUCAGUGCGAUCUGGCUUUCCACAUUUGGAGAAUAGAGCAGUCACCAGAGUUUUGGGUGAAUGGUGGGCAACCCUUCAUCCUGAUCAGAAGCGUUCUUACACGAAUCUUGCACAGGAAUACAAGGAUGCAUUUCUUAAUGCAAAUCCAGACUUCAAGUGGUACAAAUUACCAGCACCUCCACUGCGUACUUUGAAUACUAGGCCUACUAACAAGAAGCAAGAGUCAAGUAGCGGUGCGCAAUCCACGGAUAGUGUCAAAUCUGAAUACGAGUCUUCCGAUUGUACAAAGAUAGAUAGACGGGAUGGACAAUCAAUUCAACCAGGCAAAUUAGCAGAUGAAUCACAGAUUGGUGGACUCAGUUCUCUUUUUACUCCUCAAAAGACAGAGUCGUCUGAGGAACAAGUCAUAAUUAAUGGUAUCACAGAAAAUGAUGUUCCGAAACCACCUAAAAAAAGAUAUACAGAAUCACCUUUUCAAGGUGAUCAAAAAAAAGAUUGCAAGGUAGAUUUGUUUGGCGAUAAGAAAAAGAAAAGAGCUGAGUCAAACAACAACGAACAGCAUGAAACGAUUAUAGAGGAUGAAAAACAUACAAUAAACUCUUUUAUGACAACACAUAUGCAGCCAGAAGAAAAUAAUUUCCGUAGUGAAAGAACAUGUAAAGGUUUACGUUAUCAGAAAUUUCUUGCUGAGCAGAAUAUCGGUCCCUCAGGUCAACAAGGUAAACGAAGACGAACAGCUGGAAAUGGACCUGAUGAACGUUCAAAUGAAAGAAGAAACUCGAUUUCUUCAAAUGUUAGUGAAAAAACAGAUUCCUUAAGCAGCGAAGGAGGAAAUAGUUCUCGUGGAGAUUUGGAACAUCUUGUAGAGAGCGCUGAAGGAAAAAUGGAAGCUUCUAAACCUGAAGAUACAGAAACUGAAGGAGCCGAAGAUCAAGUGGAUUAUGGACCAUGGACAACACGUAAAAGAUUUCGAGCUGAAUAUUUUUAUAGAGAUUUCAAUUUGGAAAAGAAGAUCGAGGCAUUACCAUCUUUGAGUUUAGAAGAAUUUCAAGAAAAGAAGAAACAACAACGCACGAAAAAAAAGAAAAUAUUGCAAAAAUUCAAUUCUUCAGUUAACAAAAAACAUCAAAAUAAUUUAUCUUCUGGUGGUCAAACAAGUGAUCAAACUCAAAAAGUUAGUACAAUAAAUGAGAAUUGCGAAGAAUUAGAGAAAGCUCAUCUCGUUGGAAGUCAAAAACGAAAAGCACGAAAACAAAGCAUCACGCGAAAUGCUGCGGCAAUAAAUUCCACCAAACAUUCUGAGGAUCAAGAACCAAAUAAAUCUUGGUGUGCAUCUCCAGAUCUUGAAGCUCUAGCGUGUCUUGCAACGGUUGCCGCCAAUAGAACAAAACUUACCAAAAAUAACGCUUAAUUGUGUAAAGUCGCACUAUAAGAAACCAAAACUUUAUUAAGUUUUCUCUAUGCAGUUUCCUAUCAUCGGAACUAUUAAAACAUACUUUCUCAAGUGCUGUUAUAAACGAUACUGUUAUUGUAUCGGUAAUAUAACGAUUAUUGUUAAUAUCUUUAUUGUUAAUCUUUACUAUUACAAUAUUAAUAUUACGACUGCUAUAUUAACCGUAGAUUAUUCCAUUAUUCAGUGUAAGGGAUAUGUUUUUUUUUUUUUUUAUUUGGAAUAAUAGGUUUAUU